AUGCACAAUGUGAUCCUGAUGGUCCUCGUGAAGCAAACAUUGCAAAAAAAACCUCCAGAGAUUCCUUUGGAGCAAUGGGUGGCAUUUGUCGAUUAUAGGGCUCAUCCUGACACGAAGGAAACACAACUUGGUCGGUCUGUUACAAGAGUUGAAUUGUUUCAAGCCAGCCAUACAACAUUGGAAGGAAGCUUUGUAAAUGAAAAGGCAAGGCAAAAUCAUGAAGAUCUAAUUAGCCGAAGUCAGAAUUCUUCACAAAAUGAGGCAUUUACUAGCGUUUUUGGCAAAGAUCACCCCGGUUAUGUAAGAGGGUUAGGACUUGGAGUUUCCCCAACCCAAGUGUAUGGCUCAUCGAGCAGCUUGAGUUGCAAAUGUUAUGCUACUAGAGGUACAACAACUAAAGAUGAUGGCCUUAGAGAAAUUGUACAACAAUUAAGGCAACAAGUUCAACAAAAUCAGGAUCAAAUAGCUUUUUUGACCCAACAAUUAGCAAACCAAAAUGCAAAUUUAACACCUAAUCAGGACAAUGUGGAGUCUCCAGCUAUUGGGAGGCGUUCCUCACAGGGUAGUCAUUCAGGUUACGGCGACCAUAAUUCAGACCAUAUUGCAUAG